AUGUCGAGCAGUGCAGCGUCUGGAAGUAGCAGCAAAGGGCAAAGCGCACCAGCCAAACCGUACUUGGCGACCUGGGACGAAUUUGCAGCUGCGACCGAGCGUCUGUACCACGACAACCCAACCAAAACGCGCCUGACUGUCAAGUACCAGCACGCUGAAGGACUGAUUGUGCUCAAGGCGACCGACGACAAGACACUUGCUCACGACGAUUCUGUCGCAUUUGUGUGCAUGUCCAUCUCGCUGCUGCAGAUUUACAAGUUCCGAACAGACCAGCUGCAAGACGACAUGCACCUCUCGCUGCCUCCGUCCUCGAACUCCACCAGUUCGGUGAACUCAGCUUCACCGCUUGCAACGCUCUCUGAUGCCACGACUUCAGCCCCCUCUGACGGGUGCGGUGAGCAUUGCGCGCAAGAAAAACGAGUUCUUCGCGAAAAGCUGAGUGCUGCUCGCGCCGCGCUCACCGCCCAGACGCAGAAGCUGGUGGCAGCUCGUGCCGAGUCUUCCGCAAAGGCUAGUACUAUCAAGAAGCUCGAGACGCGUGUCUCCGAGCUGGAGACAGAGAACGUCAACUUGCAGCAGGACGUGGACAGCCUCAAGCGUCAAGUCAAGAAGCUCAAGUCCCAACUUGACACGCGGACUACGGAGGCGGAAGAGCUGGAAACGCAAGUCGAGUCACUCUCAAACCAAGUGCUUGAACUCUCGCAAGAAUUAAAAUCUGUCCAGGACGAGCUCGCCACGUCCCGGAAGCAGGCGAAGGGCGAUGAAGGCCGCGCACGCGCUGAUUAUCACAAACUUCUGUUGAGGUCUGUCGUGUACACACUUCGCACACGUGUUGCGGCAUACGUUUUCGAGCUGCCGAUCAGCACCGUCCGCGAGCAGCAGAAUGUGGCCGCCAAGUACCCCACUAUCGAUAUCGUUCGUGCCAAACUUGACAAACUCAAGUCUGCUCGGCUCGAGGAACGGUGGACAGCACUCGUCCAGCUUGGCUUGACAGAGUCCGCCAUCAACAUGAUGGCAGAGAUGGUUGCGGACGGUCUCGAGCUUGCAAAUCCGCGCUCGCUGGAGAAAGAUGGCGACCCUGUCAAGCUGGGUGAAGUUGGUGAGCUGAAGAAAAUUGCCGCCAAACGCUGGAGUUCUCGCAAACACGAUUCAGCGGCGGAGAAUGUGGUGGAGGUCCUCCACCAGGUCUCGAAUGCACUGAACUCGAACACGUUGUUGUAGUUGAUGAUUCCAAUAAAUCUGUUACGACC